AUGCCGUCGUCUACUAGCCUCCGCUCCUCCUCCUCUCUCUCCUCCACUCCCUCCGCUCCGCUCGCUCACUCGCGCUCCGGCGAAUACCCCUACGCUCCUUCCCAUCCAGCCAUCGUGUCAUCUCAUAACGAGUACGCUGACGACAGCCACUCCGCGUAUCAUCAAGGGGGUCAGUUCCACUCGUACGCUUCUGGCAGUACAAUCGUACCGUACGCUUACCCGCCUCCUCCUCCGCCUGAAUACCCCUCCGGAAUCAACCCAGCAGCCUACCCCCCUGUUGUUCCACCUCCAAACACGCGGGAUCCUUCGCGGAAACCGCGGUGGUACAGGAAGGUGCCAUGGCUGGCGCUGACCGUGUUAAUCGCCUGCAUAGUAGUCUUUAUUGUGACCAUGGCGGUGAAUAAUUGCCCGUCGAAGCCGCACCCACAAGGCCAGAGCUGCGUGCUGCCUUGGUUGGGUCGCUUCUCUUUCGAGCCGCUGAAUAUCAACCCUCUCCUCGGUCCAACCGCCUUAACGCUUCAGGAGAUGGGCGCGCUGAACAGUAACCUGGUUACCAACUACCACCAGGGCUGGCGGCUGGUAACGGCGAUGUGGUUACACGGCGGCGUGGUGCAUCUCGUGUGUAACCUCCUCGGCAUCGCCUUCCUUCUCAACCGCCUCGAGAAGGAGUUCGGCCUGUGGCGUCCCACGGCCAUCUACCUUCUCAGUGGCGUCUUUGCUGCCGUUUUCUCCUGCCUCUUCCUCAACACACAGAUCAGCGUGGGUGCAUCUGGAGCGUUGUUUGGGCUGGUGGGUGCGUGCCUGUCAGAACUGCUGAUCAACUGGAAGCUCUACGACAACAGGUUCUCAGCCCUGAUGACGCUAAUCAUCCUCAUAGCCAUCAAUCUCGCCAUCGGCCUCAUGCCUUACAUUGACAACUUCGCCCACAUAGGCGGCUGCAUCGCCGGCUUCUUCCUCGGCUUUGCUCUGCUGCUCAAACCCCAACACGGCUUCAUUGACCUCCGAGAUAGCUCUGGCGUGGCGACAGCGACGGCGAUUGCUGUGUCGGGGGGUGAUCCCGUGACUAAGAAGCAUUCUACGUGCCAGGUCUACACACGGAUUUUCUCCGGGAUAAUCUUCAUGGCUCUCUUCUCGCUCUGCAUGGCGGUGCUAUUCACCAAGGGCAACGUGGCAUCAGACUGCACGUGGUGUCGCUACAUGUCGUGUGUGCCCACGCCCUGGUGGACCUGCGACCCCAAUGCCCCAGGCACACAGGGCCAAGGGCCUGUUUGCCAGGUCCGGUCGUAUCAAAAUGGCACUGGUGCGCUGGUGUGUACUAAUCAGACAAUGCUUGCCGUACCAAAUAUCACAACAAUGGCAAAUUAUGACCUUCGGGUGCUCUGCACUCAAGCGUGUAGCAGCUGA